AUGAGCAAGAAACAAGCCGUGAAUUUGGACGACGAGCAAAUUGCCGAGUUACGAGAGAUAUUUCGUUCCUUCGAUCGAAACAACGACGGAAGCCUAACGCAGUUGGAACUCAGUUCGCUUCUGCGGUCGCUGGGUCUGAAGCCGAGUGCGGAUCAGUUAGAGAGCUUCAUACAGAAAGCCGACAGGAACAACAACGGCCUCGUCGAGUUCUCCGAGUUCGUGGCGUUGGUCGCGCCGGAGCUUCUGCCUGCAAAGUCGCCGUACACGGAGGAGCAGCUGAAGCAGCUCUUCAGAAUGUUCGACCGUGACGGCAACGGCUUCAUCACCGCGGCUGAGUUGGCCCACUCGAUGGCGCGUCUGGGACACGCGCUCACCGCCGAGGAGUUGACCGGGAUGAUCAAAGAGGCUGAUACGGAUGGCGAUGGCAUGAUCAGUUUUCAGGAGUUCGCUCAGGCUAUCACCUCUGCUGCUUUUGAUAAUUCCUGGGCUUAA